AUGACCAAUCAGAACACCGAUGGGAGUACACACCCCCAUCAACGGUGCCACAGAUACGAGACGAGUAUCGGUAUUCGGGGGUAUCUGGAUUUGAUACCCCCCGAUAUCUUGGAUUGGUAUCGAAUGAGGAUCCCGACUGAAUACAUCGUAUUCAAAGUCCGGGAUUCCAGAGGCCGAUGCGAGACAGGUGUAUUUCCUGUCCUGGAUUCUGAAUAUCAAUACCAUCAAUCCGGUAUUGUGAUACCAAUCCACAUAUCGAGUCGUUCACUGCAUUGGCCUUGGCGAAGAUCAAGACCCACACCAAUCAGAACUCGAAGGAGGCAAGCAGAUGGCAACCAAGCACCAAACCCACCAUCUGGCGGUACCGGACUACGCUACUUUGAGACAAUCGUCGGCCCAAAGGGAUCCGGCUUGGGGGCUGGGAUGAGAGUCUCUGGAAGGAAAUCCAUCAGAACAUCCAGACAACCCUCCACACUGAUAACCGACCUCAAUCCAAUCACCUCAACCCCUCCCACUCAACCACCACAGCCAGCAACAUCCCAAAACAACAACAACCAAACACCACUGGAUCGAGCUCAUCACCAAACCACUCAGAAUCUUGACGGCAAUCCUGCCGCAGGUGCGCUGGCACUCACCGAAGGUCGAACGAGUGUGAUCCCCGGAGGUGGACUGAAUCCUGAAGAUAGUGAUGAAGAACCAAACCCAGCCUCCUGUCCCUCACAACUCUCAAACCAAGACGAAUCUCAGGAUAGAAGACCGAUCUCCCGUAACCCUACCAACACCACCAUCAAGACCCACCGUCGUCAAAUCUCAGCCAUCACCUUUGCAAGUAACCCACUCGGUUUUGCCAGUCCACCCGGCUCAAUCCUCAACCUCAGUCGUAGUCGAACACGCGCCCAACGGGGACACUCCAUCAGCUCGAUCGCGACCACCAAUACCAAUGACCCUGAUAAACGAAUGUCGGACAUGCUAUUUACUUACAGGCCCUUUGACGCCAGAAGAUCAACUCAGAUCGUCGGAAGAGUCAAAUUAGAACCGGCACCAUUGCUCGAAGCAGACAAUGAAGAUGAUACGGGUGAUGAAGAUAUUGAGACCGAUCAAACCGAUACCGGUACCGAACUAGGAGAGGAUGAUAGUAGCUUCAACCUGGAGGAAAUCGGUGAAGAUUCUGGGACGAUGGAUGAUAAUCUGAGCAUCAAGAGUCGAAGAAGGAGGCCGAAACGCGACCUGAGUUCGAUCGGAACCAGCUCGAUCGAUUUGAUGACCCCUGCAGACUCCCUGAACAAAAGCCUCUCGAGUGGCCUGGCCACCUCGAUCGUCGAAUCCAAUCCGCUCAACCGAACUAAUGGCCAAUCUCCCGACGUACUCAUAUCUGUUCACGGUGUCGAACGUGGUGGAAACGGGAACCAAUCUCCUCCGAUGGUACAGAGGCACCUCAUCAGUCGACAAACCGGGAAAACCGCCGUCGCUUUGGACACCAUCCUCAACCAGAAACGAUGGAAUGACGGAACCGAUGAGACCCAAAAGCUCUACUGUGUCUACGUCGCCGUUGGCCAAAAGAGAUCGACCGUCGCCCAGAUGGUUCAAACCUUGGAAGAGAACGAUGCCUUGAAAUACUCGAUCAUCGUCGCCGCCACUGCCUCCGAGGCAGCUCCUCUUCAAUACUUGGCCCCCUUCUCUGGGUGCGCCAUGGGUGAAUGGUUCCGUGACAACGGCAAGCACGCCUUGAUCAUCUACGAUGAUUUGUCCAAGCAGGCUGUGGCCUAUCGUCAGAUGUCCUUGCUCCUUCGUCGUCCCCCUGGUCGUAAGGCUUACCCCGGAGAUGUUUCGUAUUACCUCCACUCGCGUCUAUUGGAACGAGCUGCCAAGAUGAACGACAAAUUGGGCGGUGGUUCAUUGACUGCUCUCCCAAUCAUCGAGACCCAGGGAGGAGAUGUAUCAGCUUAUAUCCCCACCAACGUCAUCUCGAUCACUGAUGGCCAGAUCUUCUUGGAAGCCGAAUUGUUCUUCAAAGGUGUCCGACCUGCUAUCAACGUUGGUUUGUCUGUCUCCCGUGUCGGAUCUGCCGCCCAGACCAAAAUCAUGAAGAGUGUCUCGGGAUCGCUCAAAUUAUAUCUUGCCCAAUACCGUGAUGUCGCGGCAUUUGCCCAAUUCGGUUCCGAUCUUGAUGCUUCCACCCGUUACUUGCUCAGUCGUGGUGCCCGUCUUACCGAACUCCUAAAACAAGGUCAAUACCAACCUUUGGCUUUCAAAGUCCAAGUCCCCAUCCUCUACGCCGGUGUGAACGGUAUGCUUGAUAAAGUACCGGUCAAGAAGAUUGUCAGCUGGGAUCUCGCUUUCCGUGAUCAUCUCAAGAACGAGCAAUCAGCUCUUCUUGCAAUGUGUCAACUCCCUCACCCUCGUCCCAGCAUCCUCAUCAAAGCAGCUUCCUCAUCCCUUGGCCUCUUCCUCUAUUGCUUUGUCUCUUCCACCAUCCACCCUCCUGCUUGCCUGUCCACCAAAACCAAUAUUUUGCUACCAGUACCAGCAUUCUUCUGGUACCAGAAUCAAUUACACUGA